AUGUUUCUCAGAGGCUACGCGAAUCCUCUGCUGAACAUGACUUCAUUCAAAAGUCAACGAGUAGUUGAAAACGGCUUCAUGCCAACAUUUAAAGUCCAGGGCCAGGUUUACCACCUUGCAGGUAGUCUUCUUCCACAAGUUCCUGACGACCAUAAGUUUUUGCAGAUAUAUUUUAUUUCCGAUCCUGAAGUUCAAGCAACGACUCGAUGUAAUAUUAGUAAUAGUAAUUCAAGAACACCACUUGAUAACUCUAUAGUCAGGUCAUUGCAAAACAUGUUGCAUUUGCAUAAUAGAUACGUACAAUCUUUUAAAACUGCAAUGGAAAGUAUCUCUCUCGAUGUCCCAGAUUACAAUGUAGUAAUUCAUGCCAGCAGGGUACCUGACGGUGAACACCGUGGACGGUAUAAUGCUCCUUCUACCAGUGAAGUAGCAGUUGUCAUUGCUGGACAACAAUUUGACAAAAGGGAUAUCGUUCUUCGAAGCCGCGACGAAAAUCUCCACAAAAUUUCCGAACUACAUCGUUCAUAUGACAGUCUUCAAUAUCCAUUGAUGUUUUGUCGAGGUGAAGACGGAUACACAAUUGAUAUUCCCCAAGUUAAUCCUUCUACAGGAGACAGAGUACAGAAGAAAGUUUCAUGUAUGAAUUAUUAUUGCUAUCGUUUAAUGGAACGCCAUAAUCAUUAUAAUGUUUUACUAAGGUACGGAAUGUUACUGAAUCAAUAUGUUGUAGAUCAGUAUGCUAAACUAGAAUCAGAACGUUUAGCUUUUAUACGAAAUAACCAAACACAAUUACGCGCAGAAAAUUAUAUACACUUACAGGAUGCUUUACAUUCUAAUGAACACACGACAAACAAUAUUGGGCAGCUGGUAAUAUUACCGUCAUCUUUUACUGGCGGACCAAGAUACUUACACGAAAAAACUCAAGAUGCCAUGACCUAUGUCAGGAAUUACGGGAAACCUGACCUCUUCAUUACUAUGACCUGUAAUCCUAAUUGGAAAGAAAUAAAAGAUAAUCUGCAUUCCACCGCAACACCUCAAGACCGAUAUGACAUUUUAAAUCAAUUACCAGACCAAGACGAAGACCCAACAUUGUAUGACAUCGUGGUAAGGAACAUGAUUCACGGACCCUGUGGAGCUUUAAACCCUAACUCGCCAUGCAUGCAUGAGGGAAAAUGUUCAAAAAAAUUCCCAAAACCAUAUCAGAGUCAAACUUCAACUGGUGAUGAUGGCUAUCCAAAGUAUAGAAGAUUAUCACCAGAGGAAGGAGGACGCAAGGCUGCUAUUCGUAAUUACGAAAUUUAUAACAGAUGGGUAGUGCCUUACAAUAAACUAUUAUUAAAAAUUUUCGAGGCGCAUGUUAAUGUAGAACUUUGCAGUUUCGUGAAAUCAAUAAAAUAUGUCACUAAAUACAUCAAUAAAGGAAGUGACCAGGCUACGUUUAGUUUACAUUCUACAAAUGAAGUAGAACAAUUUCAAUCUGGCCGCUACAUUUGUAGUUCUGAAGCACUAUGGCGGAUUAUGUCCUUCAAUAUUCAUGAAAGAGCACCAACUGUCACACACCUCGCUGUUCAUUUAGAAAACGGACAGCGGGUGUAUUUCACUGAAAAUAAUGUAAAUGACAUUGUGAAUAAUCCAAGAGAUACUACUUUAACAGCGUUUUUCAAACUAUGUGCAGAGGACGACUUCGCAAAAACUCUGACCUACGACAAGGCCUGCCUAUUAUACCUGGAAUCAAAAUACGAAAAAAUUCCAACGACGAAAGCAGGGGGCGGUAGUUCUCGGGUACCCUGGCGUGAGAAAAACAGAUGCUCUUGGAAGGGUGUACGUGGUGUAACUUACGACACAUUCCAAGGGGCUUGCAAAGCUAUGGGCCUCCUCGAAGAUGACAGUCACUGGGAGAGUACGCUCUCUGAAGCAGCCAUAUGCUGUUCACCAAAAUCACUUAGGUGCCUUUUUGCCAUUAUGAUAUCGUUCUGCCAAAUCACGGACCCGCAUCUUCUUUGGCAAAACUAUCAGGAAAGUAAAAGUAUAAAAGAUUUUGGUUUUAACUUGCCGUUAAAUUCAAAUCUUUAUGCAAUGAACAACAUCGAGGAUUUACGAGAGACUGACUAUGAUUACACCCAACUCUUACAGACAAUUCAAGAUGAACAUCGCUUAAAUCCAGAACAAAAAAUUGUUUACGACCAAAUAUUGUCAUCAGUUAAUAGUAAUGAAGGGAAAAUGUUCUUUCUAGAUGCACCCGGGGGCACGGGUAAAACAUUUAUAAUUAAUUUAUUAUUAGCAAAAGUAAGGUCUGACAGAAAAAUUGCUCUUGCCGUGGCAUCGUUCGGUAUUGCAGCCACACUUUUGAAAGGCGGGCGAACUGCACAUUCCACUUUCAAACUACCUUUAAAAAUUUGCAGUGACGACGUCUCUAGCGUUUGUAACAUCUCAAAACAGAGUAAAACAGGUAAUGGUGCAUUUCAAUCCGGAAAUGUUAAAAUCAAUCUUAGUAACCUAUGUGCUUUGGUUCAAAAUGUGGAAGAAUUGGUUGAGACCGUAUAUCCCGAUAUUACUAAUAUAACUACAAAGACUUUAUGUUGGUUUAAGGAAAGGGCUAUAUUGGCACCUACUAAUGAACAGGUUGAUAAAAUUAAUCAUUUAAUUAUUUCCAAGUUUGAAGCACCAUCACAGAUAUACUAUUCAGUUGAUACAGUUUUGGAUACCGCAGAGGCAGUACAUUAUCCAACUGAAUUUUUGAAUUCUUUAGUUCCUCCCGGAAUUCCUCCACACAAGUUAAUAUUAAAAGUGGGUUCACCAGUGAUAUUACUUAGAAAUUUAAAUCCCCCAAAAUUGUGUAAUGGCACGAGACUCAAAAUAGUUAAAUUAAAAAACUUUCUAAUCGAAUGCACUAUUUUAACUGGCUGUGGUACUGGUGAUACUGUUUUAAUUCCCAGAAUAGCGAUGAUUCCCUCCGAAUUACCCUUCCAAUUCAAAAGACUGCAAUUUCCAAUCAAAUUAGCCUUUGGUAUUACUAUUAAUAAGGCACAAGGCCAAACUUUAAAAGUUGCAGGAAUAGAUUUAACUGAUCAAUGUUUUUCUCACGGCCAGUUAUAUGUUGCCCUUUCAAGGGAAAUGGGUGUUCCUCCUAUUCUCACAUUCUUGAUACAGAAUCUGUACCUCGAUGAAAGCAGUUUCGUGAAAUUGGAAAACCAUUUGUCGAAAUCCUUCCAUACUGAACGUGGCGUACGUCAAGGUUGUAUUCUGUCUCCGAAGCUAUUCAAUCUGUAUGGAGAGUACAUAAUGAGGAUAGCGUUGUAUAGCUGGGAUGGGGGCGUCACAAUAGGCGGUCAGAAGAUAAAGAACCUAAGAUAUGCUGCCGAUACGACGUUACUAGCUUUGGAUUAA